CAUUCACAUAGCUCUGUUGCAGAGUUCAAUGAUUUUAGAAUUCUACUUGAGUUUUCAUGACAUUUUCUUCUUUUUUUUUUGACAUUUUCAUAUUAGCCUUGACAUCACAUUCAUUAUUUUAACAAUUCCAUAUCGCAAAAGUAUCCCUUUUCCCUUUAUUUUCAAAGGCACGCUGCCGUAAAUAAGGCACGAAUAUUACAGAGGGAAUUUGUCUGAAGUGAUUCACUGAUGGCAGAGGUACAUUUUUGCUUUGGAGAAACCAAUGUACGUAUAUGUUAGAACUCUAGUAUUAAUACCCAUUUUUCUUACCCUUGUGUAGAGGAAAAACACUAUAAUUGUCCUUAGUCAAACUGCAGAGAUAAAUCUGAUGUGAUUAGAAAUAUUGUUAAAUCGAUGGAUGUAGGUACUGCCAGGCAGGCAUUAUACGCUAACAGCAAAGACAAGCCUGAUGUCCAAGCUCUAGAAAGAACACAGAACUUUGCAUAAUCUUCUUAUAAAUUUUCUUCCCCCAACCUGUCAGCCUCACCCAUCCUUUUGCACCCAGUGGGAUAUGGUACCUUGUUUACCCAGAAUGUGUGUGAUAUUUAGGACUCAGUGGUCUUUGAGGAUGUGGCUCUGGACUUUACUCAGGACGAGUGGGCUUUGCUGGAUGUUUCACAGAGGAAACUUUACCGAGAUGUGAUGGUGGAAACCUUCAGGAACCUGGACUCAGGUUAAUAAUGGACAAAAGAGUCCCAGUGAACAUGUCAUAAUGCAACUCGUGAAGAAUGACUCUUGGUUGUCCAUAUUAGGAGAAAUCUCUGGAUUCCGUGGCAGUGAAAAUCAGGACAACAACCAGGAAAGGCCUUUGAGAAAUUGUAUGGUAGAGAGCAUCCCAGCAAAUGGAGUAAAGGAACACAAAUGUGAUGAGAGUGAAAAUGUUUUCUGCCGGACUGCAAGUCUUACUGUGUUCAAAGGAAUUCCUGAGGGUAGGGAUCAUAAUAUCAGAUCACACACAGGACACAAACUGGACCAGUGUGAAAAAUGUGGGGAAACCUGCAGUUGUUCCUCUUCUCUAAAACUGCGUUCAGAAACACUUAAUGCAGAGAAACUUUGUAAUGAUACAGAUUGUGGGAAAUUCUCUGGUUGUUCAUCACACCUCACUAAGCAUAUGAGACAUCACAGUGGAGACCGGCCUUGGAAAUGUAAGAUAUGUGGGAAAGCUUAUAAGUAUCCCUCAAAACUUCGUGACCAUACAAAAACUCAUACUGGAGAGGGGCUUCAUAAAUGUAAGGAAUGUGGUAAAGGCUUUAUUCAUCCAUCAGGACUAACUAUACAUAGAAGAAUUCACACUGGAGAGAAGCCUUAUGAAUGUAAAGAAUGUGGAAAAGCCUUUAAUAAAUCAGGAAAUCUCGCCACACAUAUUAGAACCCACAGUGUAGUGAGACCUUUUAAUUGCAGGGAAUGUGGGAAAACCUUGAAUGAACCAUCAGUGCUAACUCAACAUAUAAGCACCCAAAGUAGAGAGAGGACUUAUGAAUGUAAAGAUUGUGGGAAAUCCUUUAGCUACUUCAAAGAACAUCGAACAAAACGCACUGGAGAAAAGCUUUAUAAAUGUAAAACUUGUGGGAAAGCAUAUAAGUAUCCCUCACAACUUCGCGUUCAUAUAACAGCUCAUAGUGGAGAGAGGCUUUAUAAAUGUAUGGAAUGUGGAAAAGCUUUUAGUCAAUCUUCAGCACUAACUUUACAUAGAAGAACUCACACUGGAGAGAGGCCUUAUGAAUGUAAGGAAUGUGGGAAAGCCUUUAGUCAAAUGUCAACUCUCGCUGCACAUGUUAGAACUCACAGUGGGAACAGGCCCUAUGAAUGUGCAGAAUGUGGGAAAGCCUUUAGGGAUUCAUCAACACUAACUCACCAUAAAAGUACUCAUAGUAGGGAGAAGCCUUAUGAAUGUAAGGAAUGUGGUAAAGCCUUUAAAUAUCCCUUAUCACUGGCUGAACAUAUGAGACUUCACAGUGGGGAAAGACCGUAUGAGUGUGUGGAAUGUGGAAAAGCCUUUACCCAUUCAUCGUCACUCAGUAAGCACAGAAGAACUCACAAAAGAGAGAGACCUUGUGAAUGUAGUGAAUGUGGGAAAACUUUUCAUAGUCCUUCAUUACUAAAUAGACACAGAAUAACACACAGUGGAGAGCGGCCUUAUGAAUGUAAGGAAUGUGGGAAAGCCUUUAAAUAUCCCUCAUCACUGACUGAACAUAUCGCAGUUCACAGUGGAGAAAGACCUUAUGAGUGUAUGGAAUGUGCAAAAACCUUUAGCCAUCCCUCGGCACUAACUAAGCAUCAAAGAACUCACAAUAGAGAGAGGCCUUACGACUGUAAUGAAUGUGGGAAAACUUUUCUUCAUCCUUCAUUACUAAAUGAACACAGAAUACUACACAGUGGAGAGAGGCCGUAUGAAUGUAAGGUAUGUGGGAAAACAUUUAAUCAAUCAUCAAGUUUAAGUCGACAUAAAAAAAUACACAGUGCAGAAAGGCCUUAUGAGUGUAAAGAAUGUGGGAAAGCCUUUAGGGAUUCCUCAACACUUUAUCAUCAUAAAAGAAGACACCGUGGAGAGGAGCUGUCUGAAAAUGUCUGUAAUGUGGAAAAGCUUUAAGCACUCUUCAACAUUGAGUGAACAGAAGCCACAGUGGAGAGGUCUUCUGAAUGUGAAUAAUGUGGGAAUUAGUCCUCAUAUCUCAGGAAACAAGAAUGUUCACAGGCAAGAAGCUUUUUAAAUGUAAGGAAGGUGGGAAAACAUUUUGUUGGACUGAAUCCCUGACCCAAAGUAGUUCACAGUAUAGAGAGAUCUCAGCUACUAAGAAAUAUGGGAAAACCAUUUGCUGUUUCUUACUUGAAAGCAUGCAUGAUUCAUCGUACAGAAAUAGAAAUGCAAGUAGUAUGAGGAAGUUUUAUUCUUAUGCCUCACUAGACAUAUAAGAGUCUCAGUGGAUAGUGGACUAUAUCUGUGAGAAAUGAGAGAAAUUUCAUCAGGAAACAAAAAAACCUUUUCCUUUUUUGUUGUUAGAUACCCUUCGGUCAUCCCUCAUCUUUUUGGAAACCUGGCAGUACAUGUGAGAUAAAUCAAACUAAAAAAUUAGAAACAAAUUUUUACUUUCGCCUAAUACUGUCCAAGGUGAUGAGGAUUCAUGCAUAAGGAAUAGUCGUCAAUAAUUACUGCCUCCCUUUUUGAUAUAUGACUAGUGAUCAUUGAAAUUACUCGUGUAGGGAGCAUAGAAACAUCACACUCUGGGAAUUUUCCCCCCUUUUAGAAUUCUUUACAGAGCUUGUAAGUUAUUACACUAUGAAUUGAUCUCAUGAAUGAAAAAGAUGAAGAAACCCCUUCUUAGUACCCCUUUAAGGCAUCAAAAAAUGUAAUUGAAAGCAAAGUACCUUUUAAUUAUAGCACAUGGCUUUAGAUAAGUACCAUAAAGUCAUUUUGCUUUUCAUAUAUUCUCACAUAACUGGCUUGGAAAAUCCAGUCAACCUAUGGAUAUCAUAUAAUGAGCUUUUUUUCCCCAAUUAACAUUUCCCUUAAAAAAUGUUUAAGUUGUGACGUAGAUACAAGUUUACAUUCCAGUUCAUCUUUACAGACACCAAUUUGAACAAUUUAGCAAACCUCCCAAUAGCUUGCCCUACCCACGCAAUAUUCUCAAAUUUUUAAUUUGAAGAAAAUACCCAACAGUGCUCAGUAUCCCACAUAAGGGAUCAUUUAGCCUUUGUAAAACAGCACUGUUUGGGAAUUUUUGGCUGAUUGUAUAGUGUUGCCCAUUGUUUGUAUGGUAUCUUCUGGCCACUGAUUUACUUUGUGUCUCUUCAAAAUGCUGAUUUGGGUAGUAGGUUUUUUAAACAGCACUGUUUGGGAAUUUUUGGCUGAUUGUAUAGUGUUGCCCAUUGUUUGUAUUGUAUCUUCUGCCCAACUAUUCUGACCACUGAUUUACUUUGUGUCUCUUAAAAAUGCUGAUUUGGGUAGUAGGUUUUACAUAGAAAGGUCUCUCAACCAGAGGGUCUGCAUGAAUCCACAGCUUGACCUUGCAGCAAUAGAGCUUCAGUUCAGCAUAGCCUUAGAUCUUACAUUUUCAGACAAAGUCCUGCUGUUAGUAAUUUUGUGGUUGAAGGAGAGGAUUUGGGGCCAGAAAAUGAUUCCACAUUUGUUCAUUUGGUGUGGUAGAUACAUAAUUUCCUGCUAACUUUAGCAAAGAGGUGGUCUAGCCUGCCGAUCAGAUCAUAGCCACUGAUGCCUCUGUGUCGCCAUGGCCUUCUGAAGAUUCUGGGCACUCCUGUCUUCCUCCGUGGAGGUGGGACACAGACUGUUUCCCCUUCCUGUUGACCAGCCACGUGGA